CGUAAUCAGCGCGCUCAACUGCGCAGCCCGGGGUUCCGACCCCCCCCCCCCUCUCCCCCCUCUCCGGCUCCGGUUACCCCGGGUUCGCGCAAACCCCUCGCCUUCUGCCGCCCAGUUUAGCGCACCGCUGCCCUCCCCUCCUUCCGUCGGGGAGUCUUGAGAGCCGGCUGGCUGGCUGGCGUGGCCACAAAGCGACUAAUCGUUGCUGGACAUCGAGAUCGAGUCUCCGCUCGCUUUGUUGGCGACGUCCUUGUCGACGACCCUUCCCGGCGUUCCGCGACAUAGUCUCGUCAUUGUUCCCCCCGGGAGAGGCCAACAUAACUCCGCCCCGACGGGAACCCCUCUCCGCCGAAGAAAGCCCGGGUCCGAACCGCACUCUAGAAGCACCGAGCGAGCUGCCGCGAGAAGAACGCGCCAUGGACAGAGAGAAGGUCUCCCUGACGCCCGGUUCGAUCAUCAACGUGCCGCUGGGCGCCACGCUGGAAAUGCAGCUCAAGCUGCCCACGGACACCGUGGUGCCCGAGGGACAGGCGUCCACGAUCAAGAAGACCACGGAGUCCCGGAUGGAGUCGCAGCAGACGAAGCGGGUGGCCCAGUGUGGAGACCACUCGAUCGCCGAGUCCAGCCACGCCGUCCAGAAGCUCAUGUCCGACUCGAGGUCCAUGGUGUCCCAGUCUUCCUUUGAAUCCAACGAGGCCCAACGGAUUACCAAAACGACGGCACAACAGCAAAUGAAGUACUCGAAACAGACUUUCUCCUCGAGCAGCAGCUUCGAGUCGUCGUUCCCGUGAUGCCGCCCGCCGGAACGUUCCAUCGGCCACGUCGACGGAAGCCUCGACCACAUCUCACCGCUCUUCGGAACAUUUUCGUUUCAAUAAACCCUUUUCAUUUGUA